AUGCUUAUGUCAAAUGGAUUACGACAACUUAAUCUUUUUACUGUUUGGGAACAAGCAAAUUUGUUAAACAUAGCCUAUUUGAUUGUCGAUCGACUACCUGAUUUGAAAAUUAUAGAACUACAUGGUUAUGACGAUAAACUCAUUGAUAUGUCACAUAUAUUUAUUAAUAGUCUUUCAAAAUUAACUUUUAUUACUAUUAGUGGUUGUUAUAAACAUGGGAAACUUUAUGAUAAAAGAUUGCGGGAUUUACAAAAAUCGUCUAGUCGAUUCUUUCGGACUGAAGUUGCUAAUACAAUAGAUGAAGAUACUAUUUUUAUAUGGUUAUAA